GCGCCCCGGGGAGCAGGGUUUGUCGAGCGCCCCGAACCCGUCCUGCCGCCCGUGCUGGGGGGACUGAGGCUCCCACCGUCCCAACCCCGCCCUCACGUGAUCCGCCGCUCGCCUCUCAGCAGUGUGGCCCUUCGCGCCGCUGCAGGCCCGGCGCCCCCUGCUCAGGCUCCUGGGGGCUCGUAGCCGGACCGUUCCGCCUUAGCGAUGAUCAGACCAGAAACUGCCUAACGGAAACCUGGCUGGUGCAGCGCGGGCACGUGGGGUUUCCCUGUUGAAAAACGGUUGUCACGCAGCUGCCAGCGAGGUGCGGCUGUCACCUCUCCAGGGCAGCCUCAACAAGACCAGGAACGGACUCUGUCCCCGUGGUUCUCCUCAUGCUCUGUCCCAUCCCCCCUGGAAGGAAGCCCAAGUCCUGUCUUCCUUCUUUAAGAGUAAGGUUGGGGAGGGUUAGCGCUUCCUAUUCCCGUUUCAUUGGCCUGUACAAAGAGGCUGGCAAAGUGAGACAAUGACAAACACUGAAAGGAACCACAGGCACCAAAUGAUUUCUCAACUGCACAGUUUUGCUGCUACUGGAGACAAGAUCAGGUUGACAGCGCUAUGCAAUCAUUCUCCAUCCCUUAUCAAUGAAGCUGCUGAGAAUGGUUGGACAGCCUUGAUGUAUGCUGCCAGAAAUGGACACUUUGAGAUUGUACAAAUUCUUCUUGAAAAAGGGUGUGACAGGUCCAUUGUCAAUAAAUCGAGCCAGACUGCACUAGACAUUGCUAAAUUUUGGGGGUAUAAGCAUAUAGCUAAUUUACUAGCAAAUGUUAAGGGUGGACAGAAGCCUUUUUUCCUGCCAAACGAUACAAUAGAGUAUGAAAAUUAUUUUAGCAGGACACUUCUGGAUAGAAGGAGUGAUAAAAGAAGAGAUUCUAAAUGGUUAAACACAAAACAAAACCAUCCAGCCACAGUAUACAUCCUUUUCUCAAAUUUAAACCCAUUGGUCACUUUGAGUGGAGGGGAAGAUGGUUCCCAGCAGCCUGAAGUCAGGCUUUGCAGGCUGUGCCACAAGGAUGUAAAGGAAUACAUGAGCCAGACUGAAAAAGUCACCUUGAUUUUUCUUGGAGUAGAACUUCAGUUGUCUACUCUGAAUGGAGGAAUUCUGAAGGAAGAAGAUGAUGAUGGGCUGGUUGCUUGGUUUGCCCUCAGCAUAGAUUCUACUUUUGCUGAACAGUUUAAACAGAAGCAUGAAGACUGUUAUUUUCUUCAUCCUCCAAUGCCUGCUCUGCUGCAGUUGCCUGAAAAAGAAGCUGGAGUAGUAGCCCAGGCCAGAUCUGUUCUAGCAUGGCAUAACAGAUACCAAUUCUGUCCAACAUGUGGCAGUGCAACCAAGAUUGAAGAAGGAGGCUACAAGACAACCUGCUUAAAAGAAGACUGUCCCAGUCUUCAAGGUGUUCACAAUACAUCAUACCCAAGAGUUGAUCCUGUAGUGAUAAUGCAAGUCCUUCAUCCAGAUGGGAACCAGUGCCUUUUAGGCAGGCAGAAGAGGUUUCCUCCUGGCAUGUUUACCUGCCUUGCUGGAUUUGUAGAGCCUGGGGAAACAAUAGAAGAUGCUGUUCGAAGAGAAGUAGAGGAGGAAAGUGGAGUCAAAAUUGGCCAUGUUCAGUAUGUCUCUUGUCAGCCAUGGCCAAUGCCCUCCUCCCUAAUGAUUGGUUGCUUAGCUGUUGCAGUGUCUACAGAAAUUAGAGUCGACAAGAAUGAAAUAGAGGAUGCCCGUUGGUUCACUAGAGAACAGGUCGUGGACGUUCUCAUUAAAGGAAACCAGCGUUCGUUCUUUGUGCCACCAAGUCGAGCUAUUGCACACCAGUUGAUAAAACACUGGAUUGGAAUGAAUGCUAAUCUUUAAAUUCAAGGAACUGAGUUCUUAGAGUUAAAUUACUGUUUCCAGUGACUGCUAAUGUAAAUAAAUUUGAAAUAAUUGGUCAUUUUAGUGAAGUGGUGACCACAGUAGUUCUUGAGUUUCUUAGUCCUUUGACUCCUGAGAUAUACUUGCACUCAGUGAUUCUUUUAAGAAAUUUGUUGGAGUGGGACAGUCACCCACUGAUUGCCCCAAACAAAAAAAUCAACCUUAAAGAAUCAUUUUGAAGGGUUUUUUUAUGAUCAGGUUAUUCUGCCCUUCGCUAUCCCUCCUUUUAUUUUCCAGCACUUGUCUGAGCUCUUCUAGAUCUACUAUUUUUGUUGAGACAUUAGGUUAAAAUCAGCCCUGAUGUAAGUUGUGACAUCUCCGCUGAUUAUGCCUGCUAUGUCUGAGAUUCUUUUCCUCUGUGUUUAUCUGCAAGUUUGUUGUUUGUUUUUCCUUUUUCUCCCGUUUCCUCUUUCUUGUUCUAUACCUUCCUCGCUUUCCCUUUUUUUAUCCUCCCUUCCUUUUCCACGCUCUCCUCGCUUUUGACCGUUGGUCAUUCCCCUCUACCCCAAGGAACACUUAGUAUUACGUUCUAGCAGCAAUAUUUGGAUUUAAUUCUAGAAGCUCUAUUAGCAACAGGUAUCACAUGCUGGUAGUACAUUCAUUAGAAGCUAGGUGUAUAAUGCUUUUUAUAUUUUAUAUGAUUAGUGUUGCUGAUGCUAGAGUUUGAGCCAGCAAUCUUAUGUGGAUCCUGUCAACUCAUUAACAUAUUGUCUAAACAGUAUUUUAAAGGCCUUUGGCAAUAUUAGUUUGCAAUAAAUGUGGGUGAGGAUGGCUGCUCCAGAAGCCUAAAUAUUAGAUACUGUUAUAAGCAGCCACAGACUUGUUGACUGGUAGACAGCAAACAAGAUUGCAGUUGAUUGGCUUCUUUGGUCAGUGCAAAUUAGUGUAGAGACUUCAGAAGACAAGUAGAUUAAACUAGACAAAAAAGACACAAGAAUUAAUGACAUUUCAUCUAAAUACAAAAUAGUGUUUUUUAAAAUUUGUGAUGUUAAGGAAUGCUGUUUAUAUAGGUAAUAUAUAAUCAAAAAUGUUAGGUAACUUCAAUAUACCAGAUCUAAAUGUAAUGAAGAGAAGCCAGCAUUUUUAAACAAUAAAAUAUAAAUUUAGUGAUAUAUGUUUAACUUUAGUAAAUUACAGUACUGUUUCAGAUUUUGUGCCCCACCCCUUCUGAAACACUUAACAUUUCAUACGCCUUUGGUCAGACAACACUCCCAGUAACAGCAAUAGCCAUUUAGGAGCAACAUAGCAAAAGGGCACCGAUACGUUGCUACUAGCAAGCAUCAUACUGGAAAGAUUUUUAUUUAAUAAACUGAUUACGCAGAGAAUGUAGUGGUCUGAAGAGAAAUGCAAAUGACCUGAAGAAAUUGUAAUUAUAUAGAAAAUGUGAGACCAAACUUGACUUAAGUGGCUCUUUCAUUGAUUAAAGAGUCUGAGUCCAACAGGAAUAUUUGUAUGGCCUUUUUCAAAUCUCAGUAGAAAUAAAUUUUCCUGUAUAUUGUUUGCAGUGCAAACACUGCAGUAUUUUACUAUUAUCAGAGUGGUUCUCAAACUGUGGUCCAGGCAGCACUUUUGGUGGCCCACAGGGAGCUAACAAGUCAUAUGUUGCUGACCUUUGGUCCAGCUGCAUCUUCUGUUGAAGAACCUGGAUGUCUGUUAAAUCAUCUGGAAGAGAGGAGUGUGAGCUAGACUAUCUGCCUACACUAGGAGCUUCUGCUACACAAGUGGAGAGGAUAUAGGAAAUGCUUUCAGGGGCCCGAGCCACCAGUAGGACUGGAACCAAGUGUCACCUGUGGAACUGCUGCUCCUAUUGACAGAAGGGUGGAGAGAAGGGAAUCAGGUAGCAGCAUGUUCAGAGAAGCAAAAGAAUAAUAGGCAGCAUGUGAAGCAGAGAGGAGGACUACGUGAUUACGUAAGCAUGGGCAGGAGAAUGAUAAGCCAGGGGAAAGACUGGAAUAGAUGGGAGGGGGUAGAAGAAGUGAAGAGCAAAUGUAGCCAUAGUAAAGACAAAUCACUUAUCACAUUAAGCAGCUAAAAAUAUGUAUGUACAGUCCUUUCCUAAUAAUAGUUUUUCAUGGUAGUUGCCAUAGGGAUAGAAUGAAUAGUGAAGCUCAUAGGCGGGCAUCCACAAGACAAUCUCUUUCUUAAGAUGCAGACCACACUAUGAAAAAUUUGAGAAUCCAUGUACUACUGUAAAAGAACCGGAAAAAUCCAUUAUUUUCUAGUCACACUAUUUUUGUAUUUCUUCCCCCAAAGACAAUGAAAGGUAAAUUGUGAAAAACAAAGUAAUGGUUUAAUAAUCUUUCAGUUUUAAUCCUCUCUGGUUUUAUUUGUAACAUAUAAGGAUAUUUAUUUUUUUUAAAUAUUACAUUACAUAAAUGUUAAACUGACAGGCCUUUUUAACCCUCUUCUCUACUACAUGUAAAUGACCAUUGCUUCUCUUCAUCCCAAAAGCUGUACAUUUCAAGAAGGUGCUGAUGUGUCAAAAAGGCUACAUUCUGUCUAAUUUAUCAAACAUGACUGGAAUGAAACAUUAAUACUUGUAUGUUGUUAUGGGAAAUAAAGGCUAUUUUAGCUACCUGU